AUGUACAGCAGUGUCAUUAAGGCCAACCUGUUGCCCCCAAACUGCAAACCGCCGUCCAUCGGCAUCGCGAGAGCUUACAAGUAACAAUAUCAAGUCUACAAAUGUGCUGAGCAUAUAGAAACCGCGGAUAGCAAGUCCUCCGAGCGAACGUCAGCGCAUCAGCGCGGCGAGGCCAAAAGCGGGUUUUGUGGCAACAGCUUGGGCAGUAGGACUUGUUGCAAGAGAAGUCUUAUCAGCAUAGGUUUUCCUAGCAACCCGUCACGUUCAAGCAACACGCGCAACGUGCAAGACAAAGUUUGCCGAGUGACUGAACCCGAUCUCAAAUCGCCUACACCAUGAUACUAAGGCAAUCGGGCACUUCCCAUCGGACAGCGGAUGCGCGGAGCUCGAGCGCCCAGGCGCCCCUCCGGCGCCGCGGCGCAGCCGUGGUCGCCCACGCCUCUUCCAACGGCAACGGCAACGGCAAGCCGCCCGGCUCGGGCUCGCCCGGUGACGAGGUGUUCAAGAACCUGGACCUCAAGUCGCUCAACGACCUGCCGCUGUCCAAACUGACGGAGACCGCCAACGCCGUGUGGGAGCGACUCAAGUCCAGCGGCAUGAAAGACAUCCGGCCCACCACCUCCAUCGCGGCACCCCUGCUACAGCCCAACAUGAACACACCCGUCCGCAGCCCCAGCGGCGGGCCGCCCGGCAGUAGCACCAGCACCGCCGGCGGCAGUAGCAGCGGCGCGGGCGAGGCGGGCCUGGCGCCGGGUCCGGGUCUGGCGCCGGUGCCGGGCGACAGCAGCGGCGGCGGGCGGGAGCAGAAGCUAAUGAUGGCGCUGGCGCAGGCGCAGGAGGAGAGGCGCGAGCUGUCGGACCGCAUGGAGAUGAUGCGCGCCAGUGUGUCCAUGCUGGAGGCCAAGAACGCCAAGCUGGCCCGCGAGGCGGAGGUGGCGGAGGCGGGCCGCUCCAACGCGCUGCGGCUGCGCGACGUGCUGCUGGAGGAGCGCGACGACCUGGCGGGGCAGCUGCGGGAGGCGCAGGAGCAGCUGCAGGCCGCCACCGACAGCAUGCGCGCCCGCGAGGACGCUCUGGAGGCGCUGCGGCAGAGCCAGCAGCAGCUGCAGGCGGAGCUGCGGGACGCGGCGGCGCGGCUGCAGGCGGUGGACAAGAGCACGGAGGACCUGCGCUCCCAGCUGAGCUCGCUGGAGACCUCCCGCGCCGCCGCCGCCGGCGAGCGCGACGAGGUGGCGGAGUCUCUGCGGCAGCUGGUGGGCUGGGUGGAGGAGCUGGGCGAGCUGGUCAGCGAGGGCGAGGAGCUGCAGCUGCCGGCGGCGGCGGCGGGAGCGGCAGCAGGAGCAGGAGGAGCGGCAGCAGGCGGAGCGGUGGAAGUGCCGGCGGGUGCUGCGGCAAGCACCUCCCCCUCCGCCUCCGACUCCCCCUCCCCCUCCUCCUCGCCCUCCGCCUCCGCCGCCUCCGCGGCUGCCGCCCAGCUGGCGGCUCUGCGCUCCACCACGCAGGGCGCCUUCUCCGCCCUGGCGGCGGCGCGGCAGGAGCUGGGCGUGUUGAAGGACGAGAACAGCGCACUGGCGGCCCGGGCCGAGGCGCUGACCACAAGCAACAGGGAGCUGGCGGCCGCCGCCGACACCCUGCGUGCUGAGGUGGCGGAGGUAAACACACAGCUGGCGGCGGCGCGGACGCAGGCGACGGAGGCGGCGGCGCGCGAGGCGGCGGCGACGGCCGCUGCGGCGGCGGCGGGCGCGCAGCGCGAUGCGGCGGUGGCGGCGGCGGCGGCGGUGGCGGCGGAGCGGGACGCGCUGGCGGCGGGUGUGGCUCAGCUGAGCGCCAUCAAGGAUGCGGCGGCGGCGGCGGGUCUGGGGCUGGUGGAGCUGGCGCAGAUGUCCAGCCAGGUGACAAACCUGAAGCAGCAGCUCGCCGCCGCCAAGGACGCCGAGUCCGGCCUGCAGCGCCAGCUGGCGGCGGCGCAGGUCGCCGCGCUCGACGCCCGCCGCGAGGCCGCCGCCGCCGUCGACCGACUCACAGCCGAGCGCGACGCCGCGCUGGCCGACGCCGCCGCGCUGCGCGCAGCGCUGCUGGCGCGCACGCAGGCGGCGACGGUGGCGCGGCGCAGCGGCGGCGGCGGCGCGCUGGUGGCGGCGGCGGGCCAGUUUGUGAACAACAACAGGUUCUGGGUUCCGCCGGAGAUGAUGUUUGACUUUGUCAAGGCGGUGGCGGCGCGGGAGCUGGCGCUGGUGGAGGCGCCCGGCUUCCUGGGAAUGGCGGUGCUGCCCGAGUCCGCCACCGUGGUGCGGGUGCAGACGCAGUGGGAGUCCAUCCCGGCCUGGGAGGCCUGGAGCGGCGGCCCGGCGGCGCGGCGGCACCACUACCCGGCGGGCCUGUACCAGUACGCGCCCAAGCGCGGCGAGGGCUUCCCAGAGGACUACCUGCCCUUCAAGGACUUGGAGGAGCCUGUCAACGCCAAGUACUGAGCUAUGCAGUAUUGGCAGCAGCAUGGCAAACUUGGAUCCGACAGCUUGGACGGUAAUUGACAAUGGUUGAUGUUGGGAGCCCCAAGCCUUGUAUGAUGUGCUCGGAGUCGAUGCAGCCGGAGCUUUUUGUGACAACUGCCGUCAGCUUUGCCUGGCGUAUACGGUAUAGAAGUGUCGAUUGAUGUUUCGAGCAGAUUGUGUCUUUAGCGAGAGGCAGAUGGAACGGGUAGUAGGGGCACCCGCGUGCAUAUGUGUGUACUGCCUACGCCGGCGUAAGGCAGAGGCAAGGCGUAGGCAUGCGCGUGCGCGGCUGUGAAUCAACAUACUGCUUACUUACAGACCACAGGCAGGGAACCUUUUGCAGGAUGUGUACCAAGGGUGUCCCCCAAAAUGUGCUGAGGGCGCAGACAACAUGUGGGGAAAGCAGUGGUAUUGCGGGGCCAGGGUCCCCAGCCACGGUCCCCAGCCUAAUGGAUUGGCCACCUUCAGGACGGGUGCGCCACUCCCGUGCCAUCGCCACCAUGAGGGUUACCGGCGUCAUACAGGAACAUUUUAAUACUGUAAUCC